AUGCCUGGGGUUCCAUCUAGUCGGGGCUGCGAUGCGUGUCGCAAGGUGAAGAAGAAGUGUGAUCAACUCAGACCGACGUGCUCACGAUGCGCGCGUCUGAAAAUCACGUGCGUUGGGGGAGGACAACAGCGGUACAUGUUCAAGAAUCAAUCGGUCAAAGUGAUGCAAACACAAACCGGAGCAGAAGGUCAAUCAGGUCUUCAGCGAUCUGUUUUCUCUCCUGGCAAGAGAGUGGUGUUCAUUGGGGGACCGACACGGGUGCCCAGCACUGAAGCAAGUAGAAUGGCAGCAGCCUUUGUAGCAGCAUUCCAGGUCACUGAUAUCCGAUACGCUAUUGCCUACUAUGGGCCUUUCCUGCGGGAUAUUCCUCGGCGAUUGGGCAACAGCACCGUACUAGAUUCAGCUGUGAGAGCCUUAUCAACCGCUUAUCCAUUUCUUCACACGGGCUCUUACCCACCAAAUGCACUCGUUCUCUAUGGACAAUCACUGCGGGCACUGAGAGAAUGCUUGAACAAUCCGGUCGAGGCCCGAACUCCCAACACACUAUGUGCUGUCUAUUUGAUUACCAUUUGCCAGAUACUCGAAGGCAUCGUCAAUCCCCGUAUCAAGAUGGAUUCGGAAUUCUGGCAACUGGCCUCAUCCUUCAAACGUCGUCUAUCUGCCUCGCGGGACAACAAUCGGCCUCAAUCAACCACCGAGCUGCAACAUCUUGCCAUGUUUCCCGAGUUUGUCCAAAACCCUGAGCCACACCUUUCCGAAAUCGCAAAGACAUACAUGCAACUGAGACUCGAUGCACAGCAAGUAAAGCAACAUCUUGAUCAAUGUGCAGAAGCUGUUCUUGUGUCUUUCUCAUCCUCUGAAGUUGCGAGACAUUGCCGUAUUCAAGCAGCUUAUGCCAUCCUCUCUACGCUGGCUGUGUUUUUGAACAGUCUUCUCCGGGUUUUUGAUCCCUGGAACGCUUCCUUGGUGAGUGAAGCUGUCUUUCUCUGCGAUGAGAUUACAAUCCAAGCCGAACUGGCAUCUUGCUACCGGCCGGUUGGGGCAGGGUAUAUUCCCCUAUGCUUGGUUGUCGCUUGGGCGGCAUCAUAUAAUCUAGUCCAGCUGGCAAAGAUAGAGGCGAUCCUUUAUGAAUACCAGUCUGAUUUUGCGGACGUGCCAUGGAUGAGCCGUGCUAUAUGGUUAGCCUCUACCUUGGAUAGCCACCGCAUACGAGUCAUGUCUGGGAAACAGUCUCCAGAACCCUCUUUGGAGGCUGUUCCUCUGGCUAAUUCGGGAGGCAGUCGUGGUGCUGGCACAAAGAAGGCUUCAGUGCGCCCGGAGUCUUGCUGCAUCCUCUAG